CUGCCUCCAGUAGAGAGCACUGCUUGGUUGGACGUGAGCUCCGUCGAUUUGCCUCUACUUCCAGAUCGAAGAUGGCGGUCUCUGUGUUCCGCGGCGUGCGGCUGCUCUCUAUCGGAGACGCGAAUGGAGACAUACAGCGACAUUCAGAGCAGCAGCCGCUGCGGCUAGAAGUUAAGACCUCACAAGAUGCUGCCCUCAUCAAUCUCUCCAAUGGAGAGGAGACGAGUGUGUUCAAGUGUUCAGUUUCUCGUGACACAGAGUGCAGCCGCGUAGGGAAGCAGUCAUUCAUCAUCACUCUGGGCUGCAACAGCGUGCUGCUGCAGUUCUCCUCGCCAGCAGACUUUCAGUCCUUUUAUAACCUUCUGAAGAACUGCCGGGGGCAUGCUGGUGAGCACUCUGUCUUCAGUGAAAGAACAGAAGAGUCCUCUGCUGUACAGUAUUUCCAGUUCUACGGCUACCUCUCCCAGCAACAGAACAUGAUGCAGGACUAUGUCCGGACGGGAACCUACCAGCGGGCCAUUCUGCAGAACCACACAGACUUCAAAGACAAGGUGGUUCUGGAUGUGGGCUGUGGAUCAGGAAUCCUGUCAUUCUUUGCGGCCCAGGCUGGAGCCAGGAAGGUGUAUGCAGUGGAGGCCAGCACCAUGGCUCAGCAUGCUGAGGUGCUGGUAAACAGCAACCGCCUGAGUGAGCGGGUGGUGGUGAUCCCCGGGAAGGUGGAGGAGGUGUCGCUGCCAGAGCAAGUGGACAUCAUCAUCUCAGAGCCAAUGGGCUACAUGUUGUUCAACGAGCGCAUGCUGGAGAGCUACCUGCACGCCAAGAAGUUCCUCAAACCCAACGGUAAAAUGUUCCCCACCAUCGGAGACGUGCACCUGGCUCCUUUCACAGAUGAACAGCUCUACAUGGAGCAGUUCACCAAGGCCAACUUCUGGUAUCAGCCCUCGUUCCACGGCGUUGACCUCUCUGCUCUGCGGGGAGCUGCAGUGGAUGAGUACUUCCGCCAGCCCAUUGUGGACACGUUUGAUAUCCGCAUCCUGAUGGCCAAGUCAGUGAAAUACACAGUGAACUUCUUGGAGGCCAAAGAGGAGGAUCUCUACAGGAUAGAGAUUCCUUUCAAGUUCCACAUGAUGCACUCUGGCCUGGUACACGGCCUGGCCUUCUGGUUCGAUGUGGCCUUCAUGGGAUCAGUGAUGACCGUGUGGCUGUCUACAGCCCCCACAGAGCCCCUCACCCACUGGUACCAGGUGCGCUGCCUGCUGCAGUCGCCCCUCUUCGCUAAAGCUGGGGACACGCUGUCCGGCACGGCCAUGCUGGUGGCCAACAAAAGACAAAGCUACGACAUCAGUAUUGUUGCCCAGGUGGACCAGACCGGAUCAAAGUCCAGCAACCUCCUGGACUUGAAGAACCCCUUUUUCAGGUACACAGGCACCACCCCUAACCCCCCUCCUGGUUCACACUACACCUCCCCCUCUGAGAACAUGUGGAACACAGGCGCCGCCUACAGUAUGAGUCAGGGGAUGGCUGUAUCAGGGAUGCCAACAGCUUAUGACCUCAGCACAGUCAUUGGAAGCGGCCCAGCAGUGUCUCACAACAACCUCAUCCCUCUAGUCAACACAGGGAUAGUGAACCACACCCAUUCGAGGAUGGGCUCCAUCAUGAGCACAGGAAUAGUCCAAGGGGCCACAACGGGCCAGUCGGGUCCCAGCAGCAGCGGUACCUACUAUCCCAUCACCAACCAGUUCACCAUGGGGGGCGCUGCCAUCUCCAUGGCAUCCCCCAUGGUCAUCCCCAGCAACACCAUGCAUUAUGGCAGUUAAAGUGAAGAUCUUGUAAAGACAUAUCAGACCCUCUGCCCCUCCCCGCAUGACAGGAACCUCUCUCCCCUCCCCUUCACCAUCCACAACCAAAACCAGGAAACCAAAACUAGUGCUGUGCUGGCAUCCCUUGCCCUGUCUAUCCGUCCACGCCGUCUUUCUGAAGUAGUCCUACCUGUGGAGCUCCUCCAGUAUCUACCGUUAUCACAGUCCAUCCACACACUGCUCCUGCUCGGCUCUGUUUUUUACUGUUGGGACCCUUUAAGUUGUUGUCUUCACCAUUCUGUCUAAUCCUGACCCCCUCUGCCUUGGGCUUCUGUCUUCGUGUUUCCGUGGUGACCCUCGUCUCCGAGCCCGCUCAGCAGAACGCAGACUGUCCCAGUCCGGUCCUCACCUCCAGCUGGUAUUCUAAUGACAUGCAGCUUCGAGACCUUUAGGAGACGCAUGCAGGUCACCUUCCAUGCUGAGUGAUGCUGCCAGACCUCUGAAUAUGUCUGCUGUUAGCGUUGGCUCUCUGUGCUCUAGCACAUGACCAGUCCAUAGAAGAUGACAGAUCUACAAAUGUUAUUUAAAACAAUAUGAGAUGAAGCUGCUUCAAAUGUUUCUCUAGACUCACCAGGCAGGAACUUCAUAUCUGUAUCAAACUUAAAAGAUUUACUAUGAAGCAAAACCCAUAGCGGCGUUGGUGCACUUCAUUUUUAUAUAUCAACCCUAAUAAUCUUCCCGGUAGGAAUGAACAGGUUUCUUUACCUGCAUUCUUUACUAGCAGCAGCAGAGGGCACUGUUCAACAACUGUUUUCAUGCUUCUGGUUUUAAACUUAAUUUAAUCUGCUGAUGGUGAAAAGAUCAUCUAGAAGAAAACCUUUAAAUCGAUGAAUAGACUGUUUUGUGAAAUAUCACAUAAAUUGUUUCCACCUGUGGUGAGUAGAGCUGGAUAGGCACACACUGCAAAAAAAUAAAGCCUAACCAAGUAUCUUCUAGUGAAAAUAUUUUUGGCAGAUUAUUUUCCUUAUCACAUGGGAAAAUGUCAUGUGAAUGUCAAGUGAAAAAAACCUAUGAGUGGAACUGUUUUUUUGGUGUUUUUUUAGUCAAUAUUGAGGAAUGAUUAACAUAAAACAAGCUCUACAGCUUGCUGAAAAUUUACUUCAAAGUUAAUGUUGUCAUAUUCAAGUGUACAAAAAUAUCUGUAUUAGAAACUAGACAAAGAUACUUUGUUAGACUCUGCUUUUCCAGCACAAGAGCUUGAUGGGUUUGACGUUUAGGGUAUGAAGUUGACCAAACGGUAUUAUGGAGCUGCACUCAAAAUUUGUGUCUGUUGACCAUAUAGCUUUUAUAUGCAAACAGCUGAGAGAAGACAUUCUUCUGCUUAAACACUCAGCAUGGAAGGUGAUGAAUGUUUUGCUCUGCUGAAACAUUGGGCCCAGCCUAGGCAUGGGCUCCUUCAUCCUGGCUCGGUGUGAGGGAUCAGCUGGAAGAACGGAGCAUAAGGCAGUGACCCCUGGAUAAGGCAGCGACCCCUGGAACCUCCUCUGUGUUUCCCCCACUUCACGUUUUACCUGAGACUCAAGUGUCUGGGAGCCGGAGCUCCUCAUCCAUUCACUUCCGUACGAAUAUCAGCAUAUCAUCAUCGUCUAUAGCCUCCACCCACAUCCACUUUUAUCAGGAAAGGAAGGAGAGAGACUGACACUUUUAUGCAUUACUUCCAGUGUCAACUGUUGGAACUUGAUUUUGCAAGUUUUUAGGAGAGCUUAGGAAAAUGUCUCUUAGUAGGAACUAUUUUUGUUGACUUGAUUUUUUUUGUUUGUUUUUUUUUUCCUCUUUCACAAGAAAAGAAAAAAAAGAAAAAAAAAAAAAGAAAUUAAAUGUGGAGAUGUUCCAACCCAUCCUGGAAUCCUGGAAUGUUGUAAUACUUUAGUUCCUUCUUUCCUCUUUGUAAUAUAGACUGUGGACACAAGCGAUGUUUUCCAUGUGCUAGUUAGCCUGUAGUCAUACUGUCCCUCUCAUCAUGGACUCAUGCUCUCUGUAUUCAAAUGGUGGCAUCCACUGUUGAUCAUGGAACAGUGUAAAGGAUUACUGUCAUUUGUGUGUGUUGACCAAUGAGAAAUAACAUGUUUGACGCUGUCUGACACUGACUCUUCUGCUGAAAACGCGGCUUUAGAAAGUUCUAGAGGUUGCAGUGUUUUGCCUCUUCACACUACUGGUAGCUUUUGGACUACAACACCAAAUCCAGUUUUUGUUCCAAUACAAGCCAUAAACUCUA